CUGGGUCUGAGUGUCACGCGGACAUCCCGAGUCACGAGUGCCACUGUGAUUCCAACCAGAGUGCCACUUGCGAUUGUGUGGCAGUAUCUUCACUCCGGUCGUGUGUUACGCUCGUGCUGUGUUUCGCCCUUUUAACAGAUUUAAUGAAGCUGAGCAAAUAUAGAUAACACUUCCUCACUCCACCAACGAGAAAAUGAACUUUGAGGAAAACGAGAAAAUUUAUUCGAAGCAAGCGAACUAUGCUGCCACCAACGGAUCGGCCGAGAGCCCCGCUGCGUCGGCCGAGUCGGCGAUCAGCUGGGCACCUGAAGUGAGCAGCGGCGAGGGGCGGGCGCGCAAGGGCCUAACGAUGAUGGUCGGCGCGAUGUUCCUCGUCGGGGAAAUGGCCGGCGCGGGCGUCCUCAACCUGCCGAAGGCGAUGGCGAACACGGGCUGGGUUGGAGUACCUCUUACCAUCGUCCUGUGCGCUGGAGUUGGGUAUUCGGGCACACGUCUGGCGGAGUGCUGGGUACUGCUGGAGGAGAGGUGGCCCGAGUACCGCGUACCGUGCCGCAGACCGUACCCUGCUAUAGCAUAUCGCGCCCUGGGUACCGCUGGGCAGUACGUAGCUGAAUUCGCCCUCAAUCUAACACUCUUUGGGGCUUCGACAGUAUUCCUCCUCCUCGCCACACAGAUGAUACACUCAAUUACAGCUUCUCUUAUCAAUCUGACGGCGUGUGAAUGGACCCUUAUCGUCGGGGCAGUUCUUACGCCCCUGACUUGGAUGGGAACACCGAAGGAUUUCUGGCCGGCUUCCAUCCUAGCCAUGGCCGCGACCUUCCUGGCCUGCCUCGUCGUCAUGGUUAAAGUCGUGCUGCAGGCGGACGCCUCUGGACCCCCCCUGUACACUGCCCCGACCUUCGGCUCCUUCUUCCUGGGCUUCGGCUCCAUCCUGUUCGCCCUCGGGGGAGCCUCCAUCUUCCCGACGGUGCAGAACGACAUGAGGGACAGGGCGCAGUUCAGCAGCAGCGUCAUCGUCGCGUUUCUUACCCUCCUGGUCCUGUACCUGCCCCUGAUGACGAUCUGCUACGGCGUCCUCGGCUCGGAGGUCAAGGACAACAUCCUGAUGAACGUGUCGGGCGUGGUGGUAACGCUGGUCAACGCCCUCAUCUUCGUGCACUUCGUCUUCGCUCUCACCAUCGUGGUCAACCCGGUCAUGCAGACGCUCGAGGGCAUUUUCAACUUGCCCAACAGGUUUAGCCCCAAGAGAUGCGCCCUCAGGUCUUGCAUCAUGGCCGUCAUUAUCCUCAUGGGUCUCGCCGUCCCUGACUUUGGCAAGAUUCUCGACCUUAUCGGCGGGUCUUCCGUCACCCUGAUGUCUUUCAUUCUCCCGCCGCUCUGCUACAUCCGCCUGUGUAAUGCUGAGUUAACGGAAGGCGUGAAGCACAGGGACCUGGCGCGCUGGGAGAGGGUCCUCCUGAUCGCCAUCGUCGUCGUGGGCUGCGUCGGGGGCGUCGCCUCCUCCUACUCGGCCCUCAGGGAGAUCCUCAGCCCGCAGGCGUUCUCCUUCACGUGUUUCUCUCGGAGGGUCUUUCUGAAGUAGUGCCUCGAGGAUGAUGGUGUGGUUUCCCAGGUUUUUUAUUGUUAUUAUUAUUAUACUUUUUUUUUAUCAUAUUGUUUUACCUUCUCCCCAAUUUAUUCAUCCUUCUCCUCUCUACAUCCUUUCUUUCUCUUCGUAUAUUUCUGUUCUUCCUUUUCCCUUCUCCCUUUCUCCGCCUUUCGUUCUCCUCUGUUUAUUCCGUCUCCUGGUCACACACACCCCUCUCAGAAGAAGAGAGAUAGAUAGAUAGACAGAUAUAUAUAUAUAUAUAUAUA